GAGCAGCUCCUUAUUAGGCUCGUCCUCACCGUCACGGCCGGCUCUUCUUCCAGGAUUCAUUCAUUAGUUUUUUUUUUUUCCAUUCACGAGGGUUGUAAGGCCUGGUUGAAAGCCAUGGAGAGCGCUCUCCCUGCGGCCUGCUUCCUGUACUGGGUGGGCGCCGGCACCGUGGCCUACCUGGCCCUACGCAUCUCGUACUCGCUCUUCACGGCCCUUCAGGUCUGGGGCUUAGGUCGCGAGCCUGGGGUUGGACCGGGGCUCGGUGAAUGGGCAGUUGUCACAGGUAGUACUGAUGGAAUUGGAAAAUCAUAUGCAGAAGAGUUAGCAAAGUGUGGAAUGAAGAUCAUCCUUAUCAGCAGGUCGCAGGAUAAACUGAACCAGGUUUCCAGCGAAAUAAGAGAGAAAUUCAAAGUGGAAACAAGGAUCAUUGUGGCUGACUUUGCAUCUGAAGACAUUUAUGAUAAAAUUGAAGCAAGCUUGACAGGCCUUAAAAUUGGUGUUUUAGUGAAUAACGUGGGAAUGUCAUAUGAGUAUCCUGAAUACUUUUUGGAAAUUCCUGACUUGGACAAUAUCAUCAAGAAACUGAUCAAUGUUAACAUUCUUUCUGUUUGUAAGAUGACACGCUUGGUGCUGCCUGGCAUGGUAGAAAGAUCUAAAGGAGUGAUUCUGAACAUCUCCUCUGCCAGUGGCAUGAGCCCAGUCCCGCUGCUGACCAUCUACUCUGCGACCAAGGCUUUUGUGGAUUUCUUCUCUCAGUGCAUCCAUGAGGAAUAUAAGAGCAAGGGCAUCUUUGUGCAGAGUGUCCUGCCAUUCUUUGUAGCUACGAAAAUGGCUAAAGUCCGGAAGCCAACUUUGCAGGUGCCCUCUUCAGAGACGUACGUGAAGUCGGCGAUGAAAACAGUGGGGUUGAAAUCUCGAACCAAUGGGUACCUGGUCCAUUCUCUGAUGGGAACAAUCCUGUCAAUACUGCCUUCUUGGUUAUAUAUUAAAAUAGCCAUGAAUAUAGGCAAGACCACGCGGGCUCACUAUCUGAAGAAAGCCAAGAAGAACUGAGCACUGGUAGCUGCUUGAGCAGCCUGACGAGAUGCUCUGCCUCUGCUCGCUCCCUGUGGGUCACCCACCCAGCUCCUGAACCUUCAGUUGUUGUUUUAAUAGUUAUAAUAAGGCUGAGUGUGGUCACAAUCGGGAAGGAAGCUGGAGCUCCUGACAUAUAUUCUGGGUGCUACCAGCAGUUAUUUUAUAGUUUAAUAGAAAUGCUUAUAUCAAUUGGAUGUAGAACUAAUAUUAACAAGAGCAACUUAAUAGGAAGGAGCAGGAGUAUAGCAAUUCGUAGAUAUGAGUCUGGAUAAAGCCCAACAGUUUCAUGUGGACCAACAUGUCAAAUGAUGAUUCUUGUAUUUCCUCUGGAACAUAGUUUAAAAAAUUAGGGCCAGCUACUCGGUCUUGGCUUUACCAACCUGAGGGACCGGAGGUUCAUGGGUUCACUAUGGGAGGGCGUCCUGCCAUCUACAUGGUUCUUGUCAGCUUUUCUAAAGGCCUGUCCCAGUUUGUAUGUUUAUACGGAACUAUUCUUUCUCAAAGUAGCUAAUGACAUAAAAAUAAUUCAUGAAGCUUGGAGUUUUUCUUAUAUAUGAAGCCCAUAAAAAUAUGCUUUCCUCUAAUACGUAUUUCUUCUCAGUUUAAAUGUAUGUAACUUCUGAAUGCUGUAUGAUAUGAUUUAUAAAGGUAAACGGGCAAAAAUGUACAUUGAACCUGGCAGCCACUUGUGGUGCCACUAAACCCUGACCCAGGACAGUGGCCUGCUUGGACCCUGGCUGCCGUGGUUCCUGUGCUGCAACAACACUGCUUACGUAUAUGACAGGAGGCUGUUCCUAGGACAGUAACGAUACCCGAGGAGUGGCUCUACACUCUUAGAUUGGUCCCUAUAGAUACUGAUGUAAUUAGUUUUAAUGAAAGAUGAUAUAACUGUGGUGUUGCCUGAAAAUAUAUUUCUUUGGUGCUUGAAAUUAAGGCUGUUUUUACACUGGCUUAAUAUAAAUUAAGGCUUAUGUUUAUCCUGCUACAUAACUUGUUUGGGGAAAUUGCUAAGCAAUAAUUCAAUAUUGUGAGACAUGCUAUUUGAAAGGUAGAUCUUGCCCGAGGCUGUGAUUUCGAGGCUGAGUUUUAAGCACCAGUAAAUUAGCAAAAAAAUUUUUAAUUGGAGUAUUUGUUUCUAGCUUUUAAUUUUGUCAGCUAAGGACAUAAAAUAAAAACAGAAAACCUAGUUACCAUUAUUCUAUAAAAGACAUUUUAGCAUACAAAGUGUAAGAAUACAAUCUACCAAUAAGGAAUAGACAUUUACAUCGAAUAAACUGAGCUCUAUGAAAAACA